CUUCAUGAGGCGAAGCUCCGUUCAUAAUAUUGUCAAAUGUUUACAAAUGAAACAAUUAAAAAUCGUUGUUUUUUAAAUGAAAACUUUGAUGUAGCUUUAUUAAACAAACACAGAAAGCUUCAAAUUUAAAUAAGAAAAUGAAUAACGUGUGCUCUGCAUGCCUGAGCAAUGGCCGCGUAUUGCAUUCUAUUGAAAAUACGAUUUAUAGUAAAUUUUACAUUCAAUUUGUAUACGAAAGCUCUAGCGUCAAUGCGUCAGAGAUCUGCCUCCGAAUCUGCUGGGAGUGUAAAGCUUUAUUACGCAAAUUUGAAAUAUUCAAACAGAAAGCUAAAAGUGCUUUUAAAUUUCUAACUGAAGGAUUGGACUCGUUGAGCAUAAACCCGUUUUUGCUGCAAUCACAGUUGCAAAUCUAUCAUCUACACAACUACGACUACUCUGAUGAUGUGAAGCACGAAGACAUCAUCCAGGAGGCGGACUUAGAAGUCAAAAUAGAGCCUGUUGAACAUGACGAACCAGAGACCUUUGUCAAUGACUUUGUAGUUGAUGAGGACGCGCGCCCGGCGGAACUGAAGACCAAAAAGAAAAUUAAAGAGAAAAAAAACAAAGUUCGUAAAAAGAAGACGAAACUGAAACGUAAGAGGCCCAGGUCGCCGUCAGUCAACACUGACAGCGUGGACUGUCAGGCCGGGCUGACGGACGCCGGGAGCGACGGUGAACCCUUGGUCACCAACAACGAAGACUCUAACAAAGAGACCGACGCCCGCAGCGCCGCGGGGCAGGGACAGGUGCGGGGGCCGGGGGGCGCCGCGGGUCAGGGACAAGUGCGGAGGCCGGAGGGGCGCCGCGGACCGGUCUGCUCAUUAGUAAAUUUGGUUUUCAAUGGGGCCGGCGACAGGCCGCAGUGCGCCGAGUGCGGGAAGAUGUUCAGCACAGCCAAGACGCACCGCCGCCACAUCGACGUGGUUCACCGGGGCCACAACAAGUUCCCGUGCCCGCACUGCGAGCGCGUCUACCGGUGGAACUCCAACCUGCACCGCCACAUCCGGAGCCACAAGGCCCGGGAAGCGGACGAGCUGUACUGCGUGACCUGCGACAAGCGAUACUCCUCCAUAGCCACCUUCAGGCAGCACCUCACCGGCUCCAAGAUGCACGUCCCCGUCGAACAGUUCAUGUUCGUCUGCGGCGAGUGCGGCAAGAGGUUCGUGAGCAAGACGAAUCUUAAGGACCACAUCGACUGGGAGCAUCUGAAGCGCGUCAAGUUCCGCUGCAAGGUCUGCGACAAGCCGUUCAAGACGCACACGUCGCUCUACCUACACAUGCAGAACGUCCACACGCACGAGAGCAGAAAGAAGUCUAACCUGUGCCACGUCUGCGGGAAGAGAUACCAGAAUUCAGCCAAGUUGAAGUCUCACAUAACGGCGCUGCACACCAGCCACACGCCUUACCGCUGCGGGAAAUGCAGCGCCGCCUUCUCCUGGCACUCCAGCCUCUACCGGCACCUCAAGGAGAUACACCACAAGAUAAAGGCGCCGUACGGCGUGAAGAAGACCAAGAAGUCGCCGCAAGUGUUGCCCGCCCCGCCCCCCGCGCCCGCCGCCGACACGUGACGCGCGCCCUGUACUUAACGAAUUGUGAUGUUUCUUAAUAUAUAUAUAUUUUUUUUUUAUCAA